GUUGUUCUCAAUCACGUCCGCGUGGCGCAGUCAAAUCUUAUGAUUCAAAACGCUGAGAUGAUGCUCGCAUGCUAGAGCUGAUAUUCUCUCGUUCUCGGAAACACCCAUAUAUAUGCAUCAAAUUUGAUCAUGUCUGCUGAGGUCGAAGAGUCAGCACCCGCCCAAGCCCCUGCUCCAGCAGCAACCAAAACGAAGAAGACAUCGGCAAAUAAGGCAAAACCUGCCGUGACUGCUUCUCCAGCUAAAAAGAAGAAAAAGAAGAGCAAGGGGCCCGGCAAGUACAGCCAGCUCGUCAUCGAUGCGAUCCGAACCCUGGGCGAGAAAAACGGUUCAUCGCUUUUCAAGAUAUACAAGGAAGCGAAGAGAGUGAGCUGGUUUGAUCAGCAGAACGGCCGCAUGUAUCUGCGCUACUCCAUCCGCGCGCUCCUGCUCAACGACACGCUCGUACAGGUGAAGGGACUGGGAGCCAACGGCUCGUUCAAACUCAAUGAGAAGGCAUUUGAGAAAAAGCCAAAGAAGAGUGCCACCAAGGCUACCAAGACAGAAAAACCUGCAAAGCCGGCGUACAAAAAAGAUGCGACCAAGAAAGUGACUGCAAAUAAUAACGCCAAAAAAGAGCCCCGUUAAAAAGAAGACCUCGAAGAAGACGAGUGUUAAGAAGGCGACACCCAAACCGAAGAAAGCAGCUGCAAAAAGCCAAAAGUCCCGGUGAAGACGGCAACUAAGGCGAAGAAAUCAAAAUAGACUUUCUGUGAAAAUGAAGAAUAAUAUUUUUGUAUAUAGCUUAUUGGAAAGAGAACGCAGAGAUAAGGGGAAUCGUUUUUUAAAUAUAUAUUUAGAUAUUUUUGUUGACUUUAGGUAUGCUGUCAUUUAGGGUUUGAUGUAGUUCUUCUAGAAACGGCUUCAACCCACUUUAGUUUCUGCACUGCUGCAAGACGUCAUGCUUUUUUUUUUUCAUGGAAGUGACUGUUUCGUUUGCUGCACUAAACAGGAUACUUGGUACUAGCUAACUAGACGAAGAUGAACGCUUUGUGAAUAUAAGCUAGAACUGUGUUUUUUCAUAUGAAAUGUUGCUGAACUGCAAA